AUGAAGUACUCCCUCAUUGCCUGCGCCAUCACUGGCGCCCUGGCCAUCAACAUCGCCCCUCGUGACGCCUCCACCGUGACCGCCAUCCUCAGCGACGUCCAGAAGAACCUCGAGGCGCUCGACUCGACCGUCACAGGCUACACGGGCGACAAGGCGGCGCUGCUCAAGGCGUCCAACGACCUCAUCGCCACGCUCAAGGACGGCAAGACCAAGGUCGACGCUUCGGCCGAGCUCGACCUCAACGGCGCCGUCACGCUGACGACGCCCGUCCAGGCCCUCACCAAGAGCGGCCAGACCCUGACGGCGGACCUCAAGGCGUUCCGCUCCACCGUCGAGAAGGAGGGCGAGUGCGUGCUCGUCCGCACCCAGGUCGGCAAUGUCAACUCGGCCUCCCAGGACCUCAUCAAGUCCGUCAUCGCCAAGGUGCCCCAGGAGGCCCAGACAAUUGCCUCGCAGCUCGUCGGCGACCUCACAAAGGUUCUCCAGGAGAGCGUCGACGAGUUCAGCGAGGCCAACUGCAAGGACAGCGCCAGCGGCGGUGGCAGCAGCUCCUCCGCUGCCGCCGGCUCGUCCUCCGCGCCGGCUACCAGCGCUGCCACCAGCGCUGCCACCAGCGCCGCUUCGAGCGCCGCCUCCACCUCCGCGCCGGCCUCGUCCUCGGCCGCUACGGCUUCCCACACCAGUGCUUCGGCCAGCGCCUCGGCCUCUAGCACGCACACCUCCGGCUCUCCCAGCUCUUCGGUCCCCGUUGUCGCUGGUGCCGCUGCCAUUGCGCCCCUCGGUGCCGCUGCCAUGGCCGUUGCCGCUCUUUUGCUGUAA